AUCAAGGCACCCUGAUCUAGGCCCAGUCGGUUGUUGAGUCACUGUUUCACUGCCUACGCACGGAGACCUUUGUUUGUCUUUGUGUUCAAUUCAGCCUUUUCACUGGGUACAAUUUUCAAACUAUGUACAGUAAUAUUUCGGACUCUUAUUAACAUACCAGCAGUGUUGAAGGCCUGUACUGGCCGCGUACAUGGCAUGGCGUGAGCUUUUUCAAGUUAAAAAUAAUUAGAUCCACGAGAAGGAAUCGGCGUUCAGCGAAGCGGUCGACAUGCCAACAGCAGUGCCCCGCCCCUGGUCCACCCAGUAUAAGGACACCUACAAGAGGAAGAAUAAUAGACGCGUGACCAUCAAGGCCACGCCCAUUACGUACCCACCCACUCCUCCAAGCAAGUGUUCAGCGGGUGACCGGGUGUCCCUCCUUCAAGCCAGGAGGUCAGCGGAACAUCAUUUCAAGGCAGAUGUGCCCAAGGCAGUUUAUCCUGAACAAGAUUCACCUGUUUUUCAUCAUUGGAGUGAAUGGCCCGAGCGUAGACCAGUUGACGCCAGCUCUCAUCCUCCUCACCGCCCCUACACUAGCAUCGGCAUCCACCGCGUCCCCACCCCCUACCUAGCAGUACCAGGCGACAUCGAAGACAGACCCGAAACUGUUCACCCUGGGUAUGCGUUUGGCGGUCAAGAGGUACUAGAGAAAGGAUCCCCACUGACGUAUGUGCCUGAGCUGAACUCCUGGGUCACCAACGCCUCCACAGACUACGAGAAGACUUCUGCCUGUACAGUGAGCAAGACGAUGAACCGUGGAAUGUCCUCGUACCAGCGCUCCCGGAGUAUGUCCCCGAUGAGGACCCGACCCUAUUUCGGCCGCGCCCUGACCCAGACGGAUGGGCUGUACUACCCCCAACCGGAGAACCUCUACGGUCAGACGUGGAACCCCUACAGCAGCGGCUUCAACCACGGGGAGAACGUCUCCGGCAUGGCCAGACACCUGGAAGGCGCCACGCCCAUGGCUAACUACACCAUGUAUCCCCAGUCCGCCAGGGAAUCCAGACCCAUGGGCCGCUACAGACGCAGAGCAUCCUUCAGCAAGGACUACGUCCAUGAUCUCAGCUGCUUCCAGUCGACACAGCCAAUGGUGACCGGUCACUUCAUCAUCCACCCGGACUGGGUGUCCGAGCGAAUGACCCCCCGGAGAAAGCAAACCAAGAAGAACCAGUUACAGUAUUAGCCCCGCCCAAUCAGCAACACCCGGUUCUCCACGCCCAGCAUAGGGGGCGGGCCAACCUCGGUGUUCAAGAGUUGUGAUAUCACGCCUAGUCUACAACCAUGCGAAUCUAAUUUAUUUUUAACCGAGGAAAUAAAUAAUUACUUCUGAAAAAACACUGUUUUUUAUAACAAUAUCUGAGCUUUGUAAUUCAUCCAGUGUAUCCAUGCUUGCACCAGCAUCACCUGGCCUAUAUACUCCCGCUGUUAUCGAUCUAUAACAUUACCAACUGACUUUGCUCAAGGGUUUCAUAGCUAUAGCACUGUCAUCGCCCGGCCUCAGCUCCACUGCACGGCUGCCCGCUCAUUCUGCCAACACGGAUAUCUAGGGUGUACAAUGGAAGAAGUCUGUUCUAAUGAGUUUACUAGUAUAACACAUUAAAAUGGUAAGAGUCAAGAGAAGUUUAAGUUUAAACUGGACGAUAUUCUUCAAAGGACGGAGAAGAUUUUGUAUCAUAUGUGCUUUUUUCUAUAAGAACUUGCCAAAACGAAAACUCCCUGCUAUUGAGACGCACAGUCACAUGUAAUCCGAGAAUAGGGCGUUCAGAAGAAGAAGGUCCUCCAGAUAAAGGCGAUCAGAGACAUGGCGCCCUUUUGACAAAGACGUUCAGAAACAAAUUAGCACAGUGGCACAAUGUCAAUCCAAACGUGUUACUAUUAACUGCGUCACUCCCAUAUACUCGAGGGAUAAUCUGGGAUUUUGUUGACGUUACACCUGCUGCACACUAGAUCCUCCUGAGGGCAGGGUGGGUGGGCACCAUUUCCUGUUGUCACACUUCACUUUGUUGUUUCCUGUGUCUGAGAUGUCAGAGUUUACUGUCAGUAUUACUAUAUUUGCCUCUACAGUAUUGCAUGAAUAUUUGUUGGUGUUUUUUGUACAAAUUACCAAUUUGUGAUAAAUGAACUUUCUUGCAUGAAAAUAACAAAUUGUUAUAAUUUUUUAUUCAUUCUUUUUUAAUAUCAAUAAAAUGUAAUUAGCACAA